CUCGGCCGAGCCUUUCUCGUAUAAAAUAGCAUCUCCCCUGUAAUCCACAAUCCAAUCCAAUGAUUCCAAUCCAAUUAGUGCAAUAACCAUCUUCUGAGAAGAAGAGAGACCAGCGUCCGCAGAAGCAAAAUCCAAGAGAGAGUGGGGAUAGUUUUUGCGCGUGUUUGGACCCAAUGAUAAAGUCAGUCAUGCUUCGCUCUUGUCCGUCGUCUUCUCCUCUACACCGAGAAGCUUAUCCCACUACACGACUGUCUCCGUCGUCGUCAACGGCAACAACGCCCAAGUUCGCGUCCACUGUCUGUUGCUCGUCGAGAAAUCCCUCUUACAUUCCGAAGCUCGAGCCUUUUAGCCGGUCAAAGUUUGACCGCGGCAUUAAAGACCCGCCCCUGAUUGAAAAGUGCGAGAACGAGCUUUCUGAGUACUGUUCGACGCUCCAAGGAGACGAGUCCUAUGGCUGCUGGAGAGCCUAUUUCGAGCUCAAGGAUCUCGAGAAGGAGACGCCAAAAGAGGAUGUGGAGAAGCUGAUUCUCCAAGCAGGAGGUGUGAAGACGUUGGUGGGAUGCCUACACGGGAUUGCAGCAAUCCAGAAAGACAAGAAGUACGGAUUUAACUCGUCAAAGCCGUCGGUUGUGGGAAAAGAAGCGGAGAGACUCUGUCCCAUACCGGAUGGGUUGCCGAAAUCGGCUGAGGAGAUGGAGGAAGAAGAAAGAGGAAGAAUGCCGGAUUCACCCUUCACUAGGCUCCUUAGAAUCAAGGGUACGCACCCUGCAUGGUACUCCCCCUCCCCUGACCAUGAAACUGAUUGACGGGGACUGAACGGGUAGGGACGGACGAAAAUGCACCGGAACAAUGGAUGGUUGAACGUGCGGUCUCUGGUAAAUAAUACAAAAGAACGAGGAUCCAACGGUUAAGGAUCCGGUGCAUGCUAGAAAAUCACGAAGCACCAAGCUCUUUUUAUUUUUUUGGAUCAAAUUAAACUACUAAGUUGGAUUUGUGUAUAUGUGUGUAUCAUUUUAUGCUUACUGGUUGAGGAAUGUGGUGAAACGAUUUUUUUUUUUUUUUUUUUUUUUUUUUUUUUUUUUUUGAGUAGAGGACUUCAUUCUCCGUAAAUUUUUCAAUCAAGUUCAAUUAAAUAAUUAUCCAAGCCUAA